AUGAUAAAAAAAGUUUCAGAAAUAGAAGCAAAGUUAAAAUAUGAACAUCCAAUUCUUUACAAGUAUAAUAAUUUCGAAUCUUUAAAUUUAAAGAUUUUAUACAAUGAUAACUUUGAAUUUGAAAAUUGUGAUAAACAUUGUAGGUUUGAAAAUGGAGAAGUAAAAAUAAUUACUUUAAAUUUUGAUUUAGCAAAAGAAAAUCCUGAUAUCUACAUCGAACCAUUAGAUAUUGUGAGGUUGUUUAGUCUUCGCAAAAAUAAUAAGAAAGAAAAUAGUAAAAUUUGCAUGGUUCAUGCUGGAGUGUACCUAGGUCAUAAGAAAGUUUGCCAUGCUUAUUUUGACAGUAAUGACAGCAAAAGUGUUGGACAUGGAGUAAUCAAAAUUGACAACUGGGAAAAAUUUCUUGAUUUUUCUACAAAGGGUAUUGAAAAAAAAAUGAUUGUUUAUCAUCCAGUGAUUGCCUUUAAAAAACCAGAAUUAAUAAUUGAACAUAUUGCUAAAUGUAUCGAGGGUAAAUAUUUUGAUAAAGAAAUUGGGUUUGGUGAACUUAUAAUAAAAGACAAAUUAGAUGAAGUAACUGGUCAAUUGCUAGAAAAAGCUAAUAAUUGUGAACAUUUUGCCAAUCGGUGUGUUUUGGGUCUUGAUUAUUCUGAGUUAACUGAUAAAAAAAAAGGUUAUUUGGAAAGAACAUUUGAUUUUAUUACUGAAUUAAGAAAGAACAAAAAUAAACUUGAUAAUUUGGCUUUCGGCGAACAGAUCAACGACAAGAGAAAUGAAAUAAAUAGUUAUUAUAUUAAGUCUCGGGUAGCCAAAAUGGAGUCUAGAAUUGAAGUUGGACACUUAUAUAAAAUGGACAAAUGA